CUGGCGACGGCCGAAGCAGCGAAGGCGGCAGCGGCGGCGGCGGCGACAGCUCUGGGGUUCGCGUCUCGGGGUGUGUCGGCCGCCGCUGCUGCUCAGGCCUGGAAUGUACAGAUGGCUGGCUAAGGUUCUCGGCACCAUUCUCCGCCUGUGCGAGCGGCCCGCGCCCGGGGCCCGCGCCCUGCUCAAGAGGCGGCGCUCGAGCAGCACUCUGUUUUCUACCACAGUGGACACCGAUGAAAUCCCAGCUAAAAGACCAAGAUUAGAUUGCUUCAUUCACCAAGUGAAAAACAGUCUCUACAAUGCUGCCAGUUUAUUUGGAUUCCCAUUCCAGCUGACCACAAAACCCAUGGUGUCUUCUGCUUGUAAUGGAACACGAAAUGUGUCCCCUUCUGGAGAGGUGUUUUCGAGCUCUUCAUCUUGUGAAUUGACAGGUUUUGGACCCUGCAGCAGCAUGCUGAAAUUGGGUAAUAAAUCGCCUAAUGGAAUAAGUGACUAUCCAAAGAUAAGAGUGACAGUGACCCGAGAUCAGCCACGUAGAGUCCUGCCUUCUUUUGAUUUUACAUUGAAAUCAGAAGGCUAUAAUAGAAGACCAAGUGGCCGUCGCCAUAGCAAAAGCAACCCAGAGAGUUCCUUAACAUGGAAACCUCAGGAGCAAGGUGUAACAGAGAUGAUUUCUGAAGAGGGUGGCAAGGGUGUGAGGCGUCCCCAUUGCACUGUGGAGGAGGGUGUCCAAAAGGAUGAAAGAGAAAAAUACCGAAAGUUACUGGAGCGACUUAAAGAAAGUAGUCAUGGAAAUACUCUCUGUCCCGUAGCUUCACAUCAUAGUUCUCAGAGAAGUCAAAUGGACACAUUAAAGACCAAAGGCUGGAUGGAGGAGCAGAAUCAUGGAGUCAGAACAACUCAUUUUGUUCCAAAACAGUAUAGAGCUGUUGAAACAAGGGGACCUCUCUGUUCGAUGAGAAGUGAAAAGAGGUAUUUAAAGGGAAGAGCUGAUACAGAGAAGGUGGUGGGACUCCGAUUUGAAAAGGAAGGUACAAGAGGACACCAGUUGGAGCCUGACCUGUCAGAGGAAGUGUCUGCCCGGCUUCGCCUGGGAAGUGGAAGCAAUGGCUUACUGCGGAGGAGAGUAUCAGUACUUGAGGCAAAGGAAAAAAACUUUGCAGGCAAAGAAAAGGACAGAAGGACUGACGAUGUCUUUGAACUUACAGAGGACAUGGAAAAGGAAAUCAGUAAUGCCCUUGGCCACGGGCCACCAGAUGAGAUCCUAAGCAGUGCUUUCAAAUUGCGAAUUACUCGAGGAGAUAUCCAGACCCUAAAGAACUAUCACUGGCUCAAUGAUGAGGUCAUUAAUUUUUAUAUGAAUCUUUUAAUGGAAAGGAGUAAAAAGCAGGGCUAUCCAGCACUUCAUGCAUUCAGUACAUUCUUCUAUCCUAAGUUAAAGUCUGGGGGCUACCAAGCAGUGAAAAGAUGGACCAAAGGGGUAAAUCUCUUUGAACAAGAACUUGUUUUGGUACCUAUUCAUCGGAAGGUACAUUGGAGCCUGGUGGUGAUGGACCUAAGAAAAAAGUGUCUUAAAUAUCUGGAUUCUAUGGGACAAAAAGGCCACAGGAUCUGUGAGAUUCUUCUUCAGUAUUUACAGGAUGAAAGUAAGACCAAAAGAAAUACAGAUCUCAAUCUCUUAGAGUGGACCCACUACAGCAUGAAGCCACAUGAGAUUCCUCAGCAGUUGAAUGGGAGUGAUUGUGGAAUGUUUACUUGUAAAUAUGCAGAUUAUAUUUCUAGGGACAAACCUAUCACAUUUACUCAGCACCAGAUGCCUGUCUUCCGGAAGAAGAUGGUGUGGGAAAUCCUUCAUCAGCAGUUGCUGUGACAGUGCCCACCUGGUCCCUCUAGCUGCUGGUAAUUCUUUCACGGAUGUUUCCAUAUACCUCAUGCAUUGUGGGUUAAAAAGCCCCUGGAUCAUUUCUGUUUGCUCACAGGUACUGAGCCAUUAAGAGUGCAGGAAGGUCUCUCCACAGUGGCCCUGACUUGAGGUGUAGAGGGCCUUCUUGUAACCCUGUUCGUAAGGCUGUGCCUGCUCAGAGCCCUGGACUGUUCACCCCAUACAAGAACAAAUGCUAAUUAAUGUGGUUUUUGUUUUGUUUUGUUUUGAAGAGUUAUUUCCAUAUGAAUGUGGGAAAUGCAGGACUUGUUCUAUGAAUUGUUUUCUCUGUAUAUUUGUUCACGUGUAUUCAUUCACUCAUUUGCAAACCUUGGGCAGUGCCCUUUUCUCACUGCUCUUUUAUAAUUAACUAUAAAUAAUUUGUUUGAACUAUUUAUUUCUGAAAAGAAUGUUAGUCAAGCCUGCCGCUCCCUGCUGCAGAGGGACAUCGGCAGGGAGGAAGGAGGUGUUCACUAGCUUCCCUAAUGCUGGAGCAGGAACUGCCACACGAAAUCGAGGUUCUCUUAUUUGAGGCUUGAGAAUGCCAGAAGAAUAACGAUGCUGGGUGUAGGGAGCUGGCUGCCAUUUAGAGACUGAUGCUGCGACACAGGCGCGGUUCGUGGAAGUGCGGCAAAGGAGCUCGCUCUGUGCAUCCUCAGAACAGCACGUGCUCAUCUUAGAGACUUUGUUUUUCCAGAACUGAAGUGACCUGGUUUCCUCAAGAAACUGGAUUCAAAGUAACUGUGACCAUAAAUGUUUCCUCCUAGGUCUGGUUGAGUACAAACCUCACAAUGGUAAAGGGCUGGCCUGAGCUGUCUAUAGCAGAAGAUACUCCUCAAUUUAAGCUUAUUUUUCCUCAGAGUUUUUAUAUAUAUUAAAUAUAUAUAUAAAGCUGAAAUUAAGUUCUAGGCUCAUUAGCAUGCCCUGCUCCACUCCCACUGAGCCUCUGGAGAGAGAUUUAGUGCUUACUCUGGGUUGCCCGUUUUACAGUCAUCUAUUUUGCAUAUGAAAGUUUGUAUUUAACUUUUUGUUCAUUAAAAAUCUUACAGAUGUGGAUAUGCAUUUUUAAUUUCAGAAAGUUGGUCAGAGCAUAUUUUACAAGAUCUAGUGCCUAGUGUUGCUUUUAUGAUGUAAUAAAAGACUGUCUGGCAGAACCCAGAAGUAUAUGCCGAUAUUUUUCCUCUUCUCUGCUGCAACCUUCCAAACUUGUUCUGGUACAGAAAGGAGAGAUAGUUAGACACGCUGCACACAUGUUAGACACAGAUGUGCACAUCUGCUCUUGGGAGCCUGGGCACCUGGGCAGAGGUUGUAGCUGUGGAAACCUCUUCCGCCCUGUUUCCUCUGAGACUUGAGUGGCCUUGGUAUGGAGGCUGGGCCGCUGAUGUGGGCUGAAGUGGCUGAGUCCACGCAGUGAGACCAGGUGGUGUAGCCAGACUAGAGACUGGUCCAAAGGUCCAGGGUUGUUCUACUGUUCGUGCUUCCUCCUCAAGGCAAACUGUGCCAGUCCUGCGGGAUCAGGCAGCUGCGAAAACCAAGAGGCCCAAAAGUUGACUCUGACUGCAGUACUGGAAACUGGGUGCUAGAAGUCUACCUGAGAUCUUAUGACCCGGGGCCUACUGAGACGGCUACCUGACCAGAGUUUGAUCCCCGAUGUGCACAGUGGAAGGAGAAAACUGACUGCCCCAAAUUAUCCUCAGACCUCCACACUUGCGCACACCAACAGAUGCACGCUAAUAAGUAGAUAAAAUUGAAAAGGAAUUCAGGGCCUUGGGUAAGGUUUGUUUCUGUAGGAGUCCUGCUUGGAUGGUGGUUUGUUCUUGGCCCAGGUGAGUGAUGCUGUGCUUGAUGUGAUAUUUGAGGGGCGUUCCUGAGCUUUCCACCGGGUGUGCUCUUGGAAGGUAUGCUAACCCUCAACAGGAAGUGGAGAGGUGCUUCCCUUUCAGCCUCAGCCCAGCACCUAUGUAACAAGCUGUAAUACCAGAGGACAGAGGCGGGAGGACAGGAAGAGUGAUGGAGGAUGGCUGACCGGCUCUUCUGGCCUGCUCGCCUGCACGCGCGUGAAAACACCACACUCACAGAGAUACACAGUGAAUUUUUACAGAGCAGAGAGAAAUAGGCGAGUACAGAAUGUUAAGCUACAGUGCACUGCUUUACCCAAGUUCCUGAGUCCAAGCUGAGACCCUGACAGGUCUCUCGGUACAAACAAGUGUGUGGGUAACAGAACUAUUACAUUCAACCUUAGCUGCUGGUGGAACUAAUGAGCCAGCAAAAUUAAAACCAGGAAUUUUUUUGUGAAAUUUCAAUGUUGGGGCCUGAAAAAAAAAAAAAAAUGUUGCUUUGUUCUGUUUAGCUCGCAGUCUCUCUGAAAAUGAGUGUCUUAAAGAAACACGUGCUGCUGAUGACUGCCCUUUCUGUAGCCGAGUGCUCUGUGCUUGUCCUUUACCUCUGUUAGCGUUGGGGUGGGGAGAAAGCCUGCAUAUUCCAUAUUCUACCUGAGCUGAUUACGGCUGUGGGAGCCCCUGCUCCUUCUCCGAAGUCCUGAGCACAACGUGGGGAGUCCAGCUUGGGGGCUUCCAAUGGGAUGCAGGGUGUUCACCUACAGCAAGAGGACGUAUGCGAUGUGGGACCUUGUGUGGACAUGGGGAGUCUUCCGGGGUACAGUGAGCCCAAUACAUGCACAAUAUAAAGUCCUGUAGUCAACCCACAUUAUUUAAAGGCUUUGUGAACUAAUGUUUGAGAAAAGCUCCCUAUUAAAUAAGUUUUUAGAACUCGUUUGUAAAUUGGAGAUAUAGCUGGCUUACAAGGAUUUACUGUUAAUUAUUUAAUAUACACAAAGAUGAUUUUGGAUGUGUUGGAAAGAUACUAAUUUUAUCUACUUACCAAUAAAUUUAUCUCAAAUUAA